UUUGAUUAAGUGGUGUUGUUUGUGGGAGAGAGGAGAGAGGGAGAGGAGGAGGGCUGGAGUGGAGGAGAGGAGAGGAAGGGAGGGAGAGAGGGAAGGAGGUAGGAAGGAGGGAAGGAGUAGGCAGAGAUGCUGUCUUCAUUACCAUUACCGAUAGAGAGAUUAUCAUAGCGUGUAAACAGUGUAGUGAUGGGGGGGAAGGGAGGAGGAGGAAGAGGAGGAGGAGGGGGAGGGGCAUAGCAGCGUGGAGAUGUAGUGAAGAGGAGGGAGGAGGAGGGGUAUGGAGGAACUGUCUGACCCCCCUUAUCUUCUUCCUCCUUCUCCUCCUCCUACUCCUCCACUCCGUUUCUCUCCGUCCCUCCGUCUCUUUCCUCCACUCGUCCCCCGUUUCCUCCGUCUUGGAGCGCCGCCCCCCCCUCGUCGGGGUAAUGUCCCAUACUUGGCAAAAGAUUCACGUAAUUUUUGGCAUCCAAACGCUGUAAAAACGCAGUCAAAAUCUCUCUAGCAAGUAGGCAGAAUAGCAUUAAGUGAUGUAUCCGGUAUUAUCUCCGCGCCAGCCAAUGGGCGGCGUGGGCGUGGCUCGCGGGCCGCCCAUUGGGCAGCCCCGCCAUUGAUCCGUGGCAGGCCCCGCCCAGCCACCAAUGGCGGGUCGCGGCGGGCGGCCGGGGUGGGCGGGGCCGGCGGCGAGGGGCUGUGAGUCAAGUGAAGUAUUUGUGAGCAUUAUUUGAUGACCGAUACUGGUAGUCAAGUGAGCAGUUAGCGACAUUAUCGGGCGGCGAGUACUACAUUAGUGACCGCCUGCCACAGUCGGCACCGGCGGGCCGCAGCGUCACCACCACCACACCACCACUCGUGCCGCGGCGCCUCGACGCCUCCACCGCCGCCGCCGCCACCAACACACUCCUGACUGGAUCACAAAACUUUGGCUAAACUUGGUGGAGAGUGAGUGUCUCGGGCGUGCGGUCAACACCACCAACACCCGCAUCCAACCCGCCGCCGCCGCCGCCGCCGCUGCCGGUACCGCCGCGCCCGGAGGCCGCGUCGCCGCCCGUCGCCGCGUGCCGCCGCCGCGUCGCCUCUGCCGUCGCCGCGAGCCAGAGUGAGGCCGGAGGCACGGAGGGCGCCAUGCUGGAGCUGAACCAGCCGCCGGCCACGAGCAGCGCCAGCGGCAUGCUGUCUUUCCUCUCCAACAUGGAGGGCCGCGGCGGGCUGGUGCUCAACCCGCCGCUCGCCGCCCUGCACACCAUGACCGACAUGAAGACGCUCUACGCCCAGCAGCCCGUCAAGUCCCUGUCCCCGCAGUCACCGCCGCAGCUGUCCCCGCAGGCGCUGUCCCCGCAGGAGCUGGCCGCCUCGUAUGCCACGGCGGCCAGCACGGCGGCGUCCUCCACCACCACGCUCGCCACGCCGCACAACAUAGAGAACAUCCUCAACAGACCCAGCCCGCAUAUGGCCUCCGGCCUGUGCGGUGUGGGUCAGGUAGGCGGCGUGGGCGGCCUGGGGCGGCUCGGAGGAUCCAUGGGCCUGUACGGGGGCCUCGCGGGCAAGAUGGCAGACCUGGCGCGCCCCGCGAGCAUCUACUGGCCGGGGGUGCAGGGCAUGCUGCAGAACCCGCUCUUCUGGCGCGAGAGGAUACAGGCCAGCCACUGCCUGCCCGUAUCGCUGGACAAGGACGGGAAGAAGAAACACACGCGGCCGACCUUUAGUGGACAGCAAAUCUUCGCGCUGGAAAAGACCUUCGAGCAGACCAAGUACCUCGCGGGGCCGGAGCGUGCCAAGCUUGCCUACGCCCUGGGCAUGACCGAGUCCCAGGUGAAGGUGUGGUUCCAGAAUCGGCGCACCAAGUGGAGGAAGCGUCAUGCCGCGGAGAUGGCCACAGCGAAGCGGAAACAGGAGGAGGCGGUGGACGGCUACGGGGACGAGGAGCAGGACGAGGACGGCGAGGAGUCACAGCAGGGGCAGCAGGACGUCAAGCGCGGCAAACACAGCAAUGACGAGCCCACAGGAGUAGUCGGCCCGCCGCUCCCUUCCUCACAGCCCCCGCCGCCACAGCAGUCUCAGCACCUCCUCCACCAGCAGGAAGCAGCAGCAGCAGCAGCCGUGGCAGCAGGCGUGGCAGCAGCAGCAGCAGCCGUGGCAGCAGGGCCAGUGCAGCAGCCCCCCUCACAGCCCCCCGUGCAGACCUCCCCCCACCUGCCCCCCCUGGGUCUCUCCCCCCUCGAUUGUACCCCCACACGUGACCUCCAGUGAAGAAACAUCCUCCACCUCCUCCACCAGUCUUCGCUCUCCUCCACUUCCUACACCACUUCCAAUCGUCAGUGUCUCUCCUAACCUCCUCCUCCAGUCUCCUCUGUCCUCCACCACCUCCUCCACCACUUUCUCCAGUAACCAGCGACCCCAAGUCACCUCCACUUAUCUCCACUAGUAUCCACCUCAAAAAUGACCAUCACAAACAUCUGUUCCACCACAUCUCCACCAGUUUUCUGCAUACCACUUAGUCCCUCAUCUUCCCUUCCUCCUCCACUACUGCCUCCUUCCCCUCCACUCCACUCCACUCCACUCCACGCGGUUCCCAGUCCAUCCAUCUCCAUCUUCCUUGAUAACCUCCACAAUACAUCCACCUCUCACCUGAUUCUCCACUCAUGUCCAUCGCUCCUCAGUACCUCUCCGCUCAGUCUACAGUACCUCCUCCUCCUCCUCCUCCUCCUCCUCCUCCUCCUCCACAAAGCACAACCCACCAACCCUCCAUCCCUCCACCUGUAAUAUGGGUUCCUAGGUCCAGUGUUACCAAAUAAGAAUCUGGACCCAAUUUAGAGUACGUCACCCGCCACAUCCUUAUCUUCAUACCCUUGUGACGCCUCCUGCUGCACCCUGCCCGUCACACCUGUCCCCUAUACCUGUCCCUCACACCCGUCCUUUACGCCUGUCGAGUAUCUUGCCCUGAUAUACCCCCAUGUGUCCUUAUCAAUAUGAGGUUGUGAGUUUUAAUUAAAUUGUUUCGUCUGUCAUUUAAUUCUGUCUCUGCCUUAUUUUAUCUGUCUGUUUCUGUCUCUCUGUCUUACCCUCUCUCUAUCUAUCUAUGUAUGUAUGUAUCUCUCUAUCUAUCUAUCUAUUUAUCUCUCAGUCAGUUAGUCAGCCUAAGUUGAUUCAAUACUGCAGGUAAUAUGCUAACAAUAACAACAACAAAAACAACAAAAACAAAAACAACAACAACAAUAAUAAUAAUGAUAAUAAUAAUAAUAAUAAUAAUAAUAAUAAUAAUAAUAAUAAUAAUAAUAAUAAUAUGACCACCACCACCACCACCACCACCACCAUCACCACCACCACCACCAUCAAUAAUAAUGAUAAUGAUAAGAGUGUCAAUAAGAGAGUCGUUCUGAUCGUCAUUAUCACACCCACCUCACAGUUUAAGAUAGCGCUCUCUCUCUCUCUCUCUCUCUCUCUCUCUCUCUCUCUCUCUCUCUCAUUAUUAUUAGUCAUUAUCAUUAUUAUCAUCCCAGUCAUUAAUCAGAAUAGCAAUUAAAGUCAGACAGAUGAUUCAGGUAUAGCUGUGACAUUACCUGAGAGAUUAAUUAACUCACUGACAGGUAAAUACAUACAUAUUCAUACAUUCAUUCAUACAAACAUACAUACAUACGCGUAAACCUAUAUAAGAAAUGACACAGGCUGAUAUGAACUGAUCUCUUUCUUGACCUCCUAAUCUGACCUUUCUAUAACCUUUUCCUAAUUUUUUCACUAAAUUUCGCCCUAACACUUUAUAUUUCUUCCCUAAGCUUCUUUCUCCUUUACCUGAGCUAUGAUUUUCUCUUUUUUUUAUAUCAAAUUUUACCUAACCACUUUUUCUAUCAAUUUCUUUUAACUUCUUUUUUUUUCCUUUACCUCAGUCAUGAUUUUCUCUCUUUUUUUAUAUCAAAUUUUACCUAACCACUUUUUCUAUCAAUUUCUUUUAACUUCUUUUUUUUUCCUUUACCUCAGCCAUGAUUUUCUCUUUUUUUUAUAUCAAAUUUUACCUUAACCACUUUUUUUUAUCAAUUUCUUCACCUUUAUUUUCUAUUUCUUCUUUUUCCUUUUCACUUUUUUGUUACUUUCGUUUUUUUCUUUAUUUUCUAACUUUAACCUCAAAAAAAAAAAUCUUCUUACCUGAUUUAUUUUUGCAUAGGUGUGGGAAGCGAGUUUAAUUACCUUGUUGCGAUGUCCUAGUCCAUUCUCGUCCUCCUCCUCCUCCUCCUCCAUCUCUUCCUCCUCCUCCUCUUCACCCAUACCCCACUACUCCUCGUCCUCGUCCUCCUCAUUAUCGUCAUUAUUCCUACUAUCAUCACUAAUUAUGAUUAUUAUGAUUACGAUUAUUACGUAGCGUAGUGCUGUACAUAGCGUAGACUUAAGGAUGUUGAAAUAUUAACUGCAUCUGUUUGAUAUAUGAAGUCUCUCUCUCUUUUUCUCCCUCUCUAAAUAUCUACCUAUCUGUCUUUCUCUCUCUAGCUCUCUCUCACCUUGCAAUAAAGAGUAAUAAGCUUUAUAUAGUAACUGGUUGUAUAAUGCUAAAGAAAAUAAAACUAUGACUAUUAUCUUCAUUACGAUUAUAAGUAAACAAACAAUUAAAAAAAAACGUGAGUGUGUCGAGUUUGGGAGUAUCGUCGAGUGACCUGUGUAAAUACGAUAAUUAAUACGAUAAUAAUUAAAUAUGUACUAUUAUGAGUGGUCUGCUUCCCUUAACUUCCCUUCCCUUCCCUUCCAUUCCAUUCCCUUCCCUUCUACUCCAUUCCAUCCCAUUCCCUUCCCUUCUAUUCCAUUCCAUCCCAUUCGCUUCCCUUCUAUUCCAUUCCAUUCCACUCCCUUCCCUUCCCUCCCUUUCCCGUCUCUUUCUCCCCCUUCCCCGGUGGUGCUCGCGACGCUGCAUGCAUACAAACGCUAUAGGAAAGGUGUGUGUGUAUUAUGUAUACGUAUAGUGUGAGACGUGACAACAGCAGCAGCAGCAGGAAGGAAGGAAGGGUGUGCGUGUGUGUGUUGCCCUGUGUAUAGAAAUGAACGCUUCUUUUUCUUCUUCUUUUGUCUGUUCGUUCGCUGGGAGAAAAAGGAAAAUGUUGUAUUGUAGGGAAAAGAAUGUUCUGUGUGCGGUGAGGAAAUAUGGCCGCCUCUUCUGUUCGUCAAGAAGAUAAAAAAUAUUGUAAAGUGGGGGAAAGAAUAUUUGUAUGAACGGUAGGGAAAAUUAUACUUCUUACAAUUCCCAAAGAACGAUCAAACGAAAUGUACAAUAGGGAAAAGAUUAGUGAACCUACGUCAACAAGAAUAUUAUACUGGACGUCAUACAGUGAAUGAAAACCUUUAUCAGUGUUGCCAGAGAGAGAGCGAAGUCCUAUUGUUUUGAUACUUAUUUGACGAAAGAUGUAUACAGUACUGAACAGGGAAAACACUUGAUCAUCCUAUGUGUACGGGACUGACAGAGGCUUCAUAAUGAUACACAGAAAAUUGAAGAGGCAGUUAGAAAGAAGAUCCGUGCAUCCCUACACUGAAAAUGAACAAAAUAAAAAAAAAAUUAAGGAGGUGCCUCGUGUAUGCCGACUACCCUCUUGCAGACUCCUUGUAAGCAUCGUACAUUGUUAGACACCUUGUAUGCGGGAAGACCAGGAAAGAAAGGUGGAUGAAAAAGGUGAGGAGAAGCAGAAUACAAGGAAUCAUGAAGAGGUGCAGAAUUAUGUAUCCUACGAUGAAGAAAGUGUUCUCAUGUAGUGAAAAUAAAAUGAAUAACAAUGACCGAGUGAAAUAUGAGGCAUAUGUAUAACGAAACAUAUGGUGAAUGAUGCAAUGAAACGCUUAUGUACGUACUGGAAGAGAAAGAAAACAUCAUAUAGCAAAAUAACAAAAUAACGUACAGUGUUUAUUCAGUCGACAAUAUGAACUGAUUGAAAGAAAAAAGGAAAAAAGAAAACUUGAAUAGACAAAUUAAUGCAGUGUAAAAAUAAAUAGAAAAAAUAAAUACAAUAACGCCAGAUCUUAAGGAAUGACACAAAAACUUACACGAAAAAAAAAACACAUCGAGAAACAGUGAAACGUUGACUUAAUGAAUGAACUGAGCGAUGACUUUCGUGUCCAAUGAACUGAACGGUGAGUGAUGACUUACUCGACUUAGGCAGGAUCGACUUACGACAGGAUCAUCAUCGUCAUCAUCAGCAGCAACGGGCAACAGCGGUGAAUACGAUAACUCAGACCCACUCAGCACCCACUCAGUCAGUCAGUCUGUCAGUCAGUCGAUGAUUUACCAUUAAGUCAGUCAACUGUACUAACACUACAUUCCUUUGACAAAAUAACGUCUAUAUACUCCUCAGUUCAGUCACUCACUCAUCAGUCAGUCAGUCAGUCAGUCAGUCAGUCUGUUAGUCAGCUAGCGAAUCAGUCAAAUUGAAGUAUGUACAGAUGUGUAUAAUUCUUUUUUUUCCUCCCCUUCUCGUGUAUGUGUGUGUGUGUGUGUGUGUGUGUGUGUGUGUGUGUGUGUGUACGCGCGCUUCCCUGUAUCUCAAACAUUACUACAAUACAAUGUUUCUAA